AUGCUGGCGCAUGCACAAGACGCCUCCACUGAUGAGGAACAGCUUAUACAUGAGUUGCAUGCUAGCUGCGCGAGACUCAGACCAGUGUUGCAACAACUCGCUUCUACAGCACAAGCCGACAAUCUUAGUGAUAUACUUAAUGCAAGUGAUGCAUUGGAUGAAGUAUGUGUACAGUAUUAUGCUUUUGUACAAGAAAGGCUAACAAAGACAAAUGCAAAAGCAGUCCCUACAGUGAAUAACAAUGAUAGCCUCCUGGAUUUUGCGGGAGCUAAUUUUAGAAAUGAUGGAGAUAACUCAAAGAGUGAUGAUAAAAAGAAUGUUAUAGAUGAUCUGGGCGAUAUAUUCUCAAGUGGAAGUAGUGGCAGUAAUAUUACAGAACCACUGAAGCCAGUAAAUCUCAUGAAAAGUGAUGAUGUCGAUCUUCUUGGAGAGAAAAAGGUUAAGACUGAAGGCUGGAAUGAAUUAGAUACAUUAGGUGAACAAUUACUAAAACAAUCUCUACCUGAAAACGCGAAACAUAUUGAUGGUUUUAACAAUAAACCUACAAAGAAAAUACCCAUCAGUGCAUUACAAAAACAGUCACCCAAUCAUAAAUCGCAAAUACCUAACAACGGAGCAGUAUUUGACUUAGAUUUCUUCAUUAAAAAACCUGAAGAAAAAGUAUUAACUCCACAGGCGCAAUCACCCAAAUCAGGGACACCUACAGAUGAUCUAAUGGUAGACAUUACCGCUGAUAUGCCCAACACAUCCACGAUAAACACCACUAAUAAUAAUAUUAACAAUCCAUUGGAAGAUAUGUUAGAUUUAGGAUUACCUUUAGACGAUAAUAAUACCAAAUGUGAUAAAAUGGAAAACUCUAUAGAAAAUAAGGAGUCGACAGCCGUUGAAAUUGAAAGGAAAGAUAAUGUUAAGAACAAAAUUAGUGAUGUGAAACCUUUGAAUGAUAUAAAUGUGACGUUGAAUAGUGUGCACCCUAGCAAAGUACCACCGUUAACUGUCUUUGAGGAGGAAAAUGGCCUAACGAUUGUUUUGCACUUUUGUAAGGACAGGCCACGACCUGAUGUCAGUGUCAUAGUGAUAUCGACUACGAACAAAAACCUUAUGCCAAUAGAUGAUUAUAAAUUUCAAGGAGUUGUUCCCAAGGGCUGUAAAAUUCGUCUUCUGACCCCGUCCGGUACGGGGCUGCCGGCGUACAAUCCAUUCCUGCCGCCGCCUGCGCUCACACAGGUGAUGUUGAUCGGGCGACCAGCUGGUGAAGAGAUGGGGCUUCGGUUCGUGGUGACGUACGCGUGUGAUAACGACACGUGCUCGGAGAUGGGGGAAGUGCCGCGCCUACCGCUAGAUGACGUUUAA